AUGUGGUUGAUAUAGUGUUGUCGUAUCCGGACAAGCCUUUUAUACUUGAUUUUGGGCCUUUAAAUAGUCGCACCAAUUUGUAUGCAUUUUCUUGGAAAGAAAUUGGACCUCUAUUAAAUAAAGAUUUCCAGGAUGAAAUAGCCCCUGUUUUCAGGUACCUUGAGUGUGAUAUCGGAAUCAUGAUCCGAGAAGACGCUCUUAAGAAAUUUCGACCGAAGGUCUAAACCUUUCAGUCUAUCUGUGGACUAAACUUUCGCGCAUUUCCAACUGUAUACACAUACACAUCGUCUUUUUACAAAACGCUUUUAUCCAUUUACAUUAUGUGGUUGCCUAUCAAGAGCAGCGUGGGAGUGAGUAAGAUUCCGUGAUAAAAUUAUUGUUUAUUGCUUAAUUCCUUUAUACACAUUGUGCUUUCAUUACUACCGAAUUGUGACCCAUUUCUUUAUUAAAAGUUAUGAUCUUUAACCUGAUUUUACUACUGGCCUUUCCCAGUUUCCUUGAAAGUGUGGACAUUCCCAUACAAAUUCACGUUUUGUUUAGACAUGGAGAACGAUCGCCUACCAGUACAUUCCCUAACGACCCCCAUAAAAACUAUAACUGGGAAGGUGGUUUAGGCCAAUUAACGAACAGGGGCAAAUUGCAAAUGUAUUCUUUGGGUCAACACUUAAGGAAUUAUUAUAGCGAUUUCCUGCCCAAAUAUUAUUGGCCUGCCGACGUAAACGUAUCCAGCAGCCCUGUAGAAAGAUGCUUAGUGAGUGCCCAAUUUGUGAGUGCGGGCCUUUUUCCGCCCCAUGAUGGUCUAAUUUGGAACCCUGAUCUACUCUGGCAGCCUAUACCUACACACUAUUUACCAAGGGAUCAAGAUAAUCUGUUGGCAAUGAAAAGCAACUGUACAGAAUACGAUAAAGAGUUUGCUGGAGUGCAGAAUUCCACCAAGAUGCAGCAGUACAAUGAGAAAUAUCAGGAACUGUACAAGUUUCUUACUGAUCAUACUGGGAGAACAGUAAAUAAUAUCGAGCACGUAGAGUCGUUGUACAAUACUCUGGAAAUUUAUCAGAUGAACAAUAUGUCUUUGCCUUAUUGGGUAAAUGAUACGCUCAUGGCUCAAAUGCGGAUUAUUGGGGCCCAAAACUUAGCAAUUUAUUCUGAAACCGACUACAUGAAACGAAUGAAAGGAGGAUUUUUUGUAAAAACCGUACUGGACUUGAUGGAAAAUGCAUUGAACAGCAGCGAAAAGGUUCCUUCAACAAAUAUUUAUGCAGCCCACGACUUAACAAUUGUUCAUGUGAUGAGAGCUCUAGGGUUGGUUGAUACCUUUAAACCAGAACUAGGAGCCGCACUGAUCUUUGAGUAUUAUAAAUCUGGAGAAAUUAAGAUCCUCUACUGGGAGAGUUGGGAAGGAGAAAUUGAGGAGCGGAUAUUGGAGAAUUGUAAAGUUCCUUGCACAAUUCCGCUGUUUCAGAGCGGCUAUAAAGACGUAUUACCAGUGAAUUGGAGCAAAGAAUGUCUGACGAAAACUUGAAAACUCAUUCGUAGAUGUUACGUACCAUGGAAUUUUCAUCUACUCAUAAAAUAAACAUGCAUACUUGUUAAUAACUGCAGAAUUUGAAGUAAUUGUGUAUCAAAAAUAGCAACAAAUAACAUUUUAGACCAAUAAAAGCGACACAAAAAAACUUA